UGUGUCCUUUGGAUACAGUUCUCGGCCUCCACAGAUUAGCUGCCCCAGCUCCGCAUGGAAGACUCGCGAACUGUUCUCCAGCAGAUCGCUUCCACCGAGAAGACGACUUUGGCAGCUGGGACAAGAAUUUCAAGAACAACAGGUAGGCCACUCCUCUGGAAAGACGAUAUAUAUGCCAAGAGGAGCCCAGAGUAUUCCAGCAUUCUCGGAAGGAAGCAAUACUGGUAGAGACCGAAGAUUUCUGUCAUUGUUCACUCUGGUUCAAUUUGGAAAUGAUCUUUGUGGAGGAUUAAGCGGGGAAAACGGAACGUGUUUCUCAUCUGCGGAAUGUUCACAAAGAGGUGGCGUUUCUAGUGGCGUCUGCGCUAAUGGCUAUGGAGUUUGUUGCAUUGUUACAGUAUCCUGUGGCCAAACAAUCAGCAACAAUAACACUUACUUUGUGAACCCGAAUUAUCCAUCCACCUUUGAUGCGACGGAGUCUUGUCAACUGACCAUUCUCAAGUCACAUCCUCAAGUUUGCCAGUUCAGACUGGACUUUCUACAAUUCAAGUUACGAGGUCCGGAGACCAUCAAUCAUGUUUGCACAUCUGAUCAAUUCAUCGCGUCUGGAAGUAAUCCAGUGCCGACUAUUUGUGGAAACAAUAAUGGGAACCAUAUGUACAUCGAUGCUGGAAUCGGACAGACAAAUCCUGUGACCCUGACAUUCGUCACCAGUGGAAGUUCUUUCGCUCGCUCAUGGAAAGUGCGCAUUUCCCAGAUUCCAUGUAAUAGCCCUGCCAAAGCUGAUGAAGGCUGUCUCCAAUUUUAUACGGGAGUUUCUGGGCAGAUCAAGUCCUUCAAUUACGAUGCCAUCAAUGGUCUACAAUUAUCCAAUCAAGACUACAGUAUUUGUAUUAGAAUGGAGCGAAACUUUUGCGGCGUACAAUACAUGAGCUGUCAAGAAUCUCUCUCGACGACAGAUGUACUGGCACCUGGGGUGUCGCAAAUGAUCCCAAAAAAUGGAUUUAGUUUGACCGGAAAUACACAAGCUACUCAAAUCGCCUCAAUGACGGGAGCUGCUUGCCAGACAGAUUGGCUAAUGAUACCGUGUGUUUUGAAUUUAAAUAGACUGGGAAAUAUUGGCAUUGCGUGCGUUGAUCGCAUCUGCGGUGGCACAUUUGCUGCUGAGAGCCAGAGCCUUAAUUCCUCCUCGGUUAUAAGUACAGUAAAACCAUUCAGACUGGUAUUUCACACGGACAGUACGGAGGCUCCAAACGACGUAAGUAACCGAGGUUUCUGUCUGAACUACGUGCAGCAGCCUUGUACAACCAAGCUGUAAUGAAGUGAUAUAAAUAUGAGACUAGCGGGAAGGACAGAAAGAGAGACAAAGAAAAUGAAAAAUCACAUAAAAACGCACAUUUAUUUUAUCAAACCAAUUUCGUGUAGUCCGAACACUAUUGUUAUCGGGUUUCGGUAAUAGACAUUUGGAGUUGUGCUCUUCGUUGUACCAAUCUCAAGCCCAUGUAAAAUCUUGAGAAUUAAAAUUAAACUUGAAACAGA